AGGAGGAGGAGGGACGCAGCCCGACGGAAAGGGGAAAAGGAGGGCGCGAGGGCGCCAGCAGCCAGCCCGUCGCGGAGACCCACAGAUGUGCACAGAGUUUCUCCCCUCUUUGCUCUGAACUUCCUGUCAGGAUGCUUUUCUCUGGUGGGCAGUGUGGCCAUGUUGGCAGACCUGAAGAAGUUUUACUGACAUACAAGAUAUUCCUUGUCAUUAUUUGUUUUCAUGUCAUUCUGGUUACAUCCCUAAAAGAAGACGCUGGUAAUUCCAGUUUGCUAUCACCAUCUGCUGAAUCAUCUCUUGUCAGUCUUGUCCCCUACUCCAAUGAGGUAGAAACUACAAGCCUCAAUGAUGCUGCUUCAGAAGUGUUGUCGACUUUAAACAAAACAGAAAAAACUAAAAUCACUAUAGUAAAAACCUCCAAUGCAUCAGGAGUCAAAUCCCAGAGAAAUAUCUGCAAUUUGUCAUCUAUUUGCAAUGACUCAGUGUUUUUUAGAGGUGAGAUAGUGUUUCAAUAUGAUGACGACCACAAUGUGACCCAGAAUCAAGAUAUAGCUAAUGGCACCUUGCCUGGAGUCCGGUCUCUAAGUGAGCUGAAGCGAUCAGAGCUCAACAAAACUCUACAGACCUUAAGUGAGACUUACUUUAUCAUGUGUGCUACAGCAGAGACCCAAAACACGCUAAACUGUACAUUCACAAUAAAACUGAAUGAGACAGCAAAUGUGUGCACCAUGAUGGCUACUUUCGAAACUGUACAGAUUUGGCCACUGGAGCAGUGCUGCUGUUCUCUCGGGACUCCCUGUCCUUCCUCACCAGAAGAAUUAGAAAAACUGCAGUGCGAACUGCAGGAUCCCAUUAUCUGUCUUGCUUAUCAGCCACAUGGCCCACCGUUAUCUUCUUCCAGCAAGCCCGUGCCAGUUGUGCCUCAGGCCACCAUUUUUUCCCACGUUACUAGUGACUUCUCUUUGCCUGAACCCCUUGAUCAUGCCUCUGUGACCCCAAGCACACCCUCUCUGGCACAAGAGCAUCACCUUGCAUCUCCCCAGCCUGCAUCCCCGCUGGCUUCCAGUCCUGCCAUUGGCAUGCCUGUUCAGCCUGGCGCUGCCUCUUCCUCUUUGCCCCACACUGACCUUUCCCACACCCUGUCACCUGCACAGUCCUCCCUUCUCCCUCUCACCACACCAGCUCCAUCUGUCCCUGAGAAAGUCGGCACCUCCAGCAUACCUCCUGCCGAGACAGAAGUUGGCAACAGCAGCAGUGUUCCUGAUCUUGAAGCCCAAGUCUCACAGAUGGAGAAAGUGUUGUCCUUGGGAAGCUUAGAACCUAACCUUGCAGGCGAAAUGAUAAACCGCGUCAGCAAACUCCUUCACUCUCCACCUGCCUUGCUAGCCCCUCUGGCUCAAAGGUUGCUAAAAGUGGUAGAUGACAUUGGCUUACAGCUGAGAUUUUCAAAUACAACUAUCAGUCUAACUUCCCCUUCUCUGGCUCUUGCCGUGGUCAGAGUGAAUGCCAGUAACUUCAAUACAACGACCUUUGCAGCCCAAGAUCCUGAAAACCUUCAGGUUUCUUUGGAAACCCAGGCUCCUGAGAAUAGCAUUGGUGCCAUUACUCUGCCUUCAUCAUUGAUGAGUAAUUUGCCAGCUAAUGAGGUAGCAUUGGCUUCCAGGGUUCAGUUCAAUUUCUUUGAAAAACCUACCCUGUUUCAGGACCCCUCCCUGGAGAACCUGUCUCUGAUCAGCUAUGUCAUAUCAUCAAGUGUUGCGAAUAUGACUAUCAAGAACUUAACAAGAAACGUGACAGUUAUGCUGAAACACACCAGCCCAAGUCAGGAUGACUUAACCGUGAAAUGUGUCUUCUGGGACUUGGGCAGAAAUGGUGGCAGAGGAGGUUGGUCAUCCGAUGGCUGCUCCAUCAAAGACAAGAGGCUGAAUGAAACCAUCUGUACCUGUAGCCACCUUACAAGUUUUGGCAUCCUAAUGGACCUAUCUCGGACAUCCUUGCCACCAAGUCAAAUGAUGGCUCUGACAUUUAUCACAUAUAUUGGCUGUGGGCUUUCAUCAAUUUUUCUGUCAGUUACUCUUGUAACCUACAUAGCCUUUGAAAAGAUCCGGAGGGAUUACCCUUCCAAAAUCCUCAUCCAGCUAUGUGCUGCCCUGCUUCUGCUCAAUCUGGUCUUCCUGCUAGAUUCCUGGAUUGCUCUGUAUAAUACCCGAGGUUUCUGCAUCUCUGUGGCUGCAUUUCUUCACUACUUCCUCUUGGUCUCAUUCACAUGGAUGGGCUUAGAAGCAUUCCACAUGUACCUGGCACUUGUCAAAGUGUUUAAUACAUACAUCCGAAAGUACAUCCUUAAAUUCUGCAUUGUUGGCUGGGGGAUACCAGCUGUGGUUGUGACCAUCAUCCUGACUAUAUCCCCAGAUAAUUAUGGGAUUGGAUCCUAUGGAAAAUUCCCCAAUGGCACACCAGAUGACUUUUGCUGGAUCAACAGCAAUGCUGUGUUCUAUAUCACAGUUGUGGGCUAUUUCUGUGUGAUAUUUUUACUGAACAUCAGCAUGUUCAUUGUCGUCUUGGUUCAGCUCUGUCGAAUUAAAAGGAAGAAGCAGCUGGGAGCACAGCGCAAAACUAGCAUUCAAGACCUCAGGAGUAUUGCUGGCCUCACGUUCUUACUGGGAAUUACUUGGGGCUUUGCCUUCUUUGCCUGGGGACCAGUUAAUGUCGCCUUCAUGUAUCUCUUUGCUAUCUUUAACACCUUACAAGGGUUCUUCAUAUUCAUCUUUUACUGUGCAGCAAAAGAGAAUGUCAGAAAACAGUGGAGGCGGUAUGUUUGUUGUGGAAAAUUACGGCUGGCUGAAAAUUCUGACUGGAGUAAAACUGCUACUAAUGGUUUAAAGAAGCAGACUGUAAACCAAGGAGUAUCCAGCUCUUCAAAUUCCUUACAGUCAAGCUGUAACUCCACUAACUCCACCACACUACUAGUGAAUAAUGAUUGCUCAGUGCACGCAGGCGGGAAUGGCAAUGCAUCUACAGAGAGGAAUGGGGUUUCUUUCAGCGUGCAGAAUGGAGACGUGUGCCUUCACGACCUCACAGGGAAACAGCACGUGUUCGGUGACAAAGAUUCCUGCAACGGUAAAGGCCGGGUGGCGCUCAGAAGGACUUCAAAGCGGGGAAGCUUGCACUUCAUUGAGCAAAUGUGAUCCUCCUCUUCUCAAAUCAAAGCACGGUGUCGAUGGUGUGAAGUGUCCAGUUUUCCUUUUACACAAUGUGAGAUGUAUGAAAAUCAGCUUGUUUUCUCCUCAGCAACCUCUAAAGGAACAUAAGCUAAUUGAGGGCAAUGGUUGACU